AUUCAGAUUACGUUCAGGAACAAUUGUGAUGGUUCUAGAAACUGAUGACAUAGUUCCUGUAUAUAAAUCAUCAAUUUAUGCUCUUGAAGAACUCUAUUGUGUAAGACUUCCCAAUUAGGAAGUCAAAGGAAGCAUAACAUGUGAUCAAAAUUAUUUCUCAUUUUUCAGUCCAACUGUUCAAAACGAAUAAAAAUGUACUGGUCAUGACGUAUCUUUACUUUGGUUCAAGAUAAUAUCGAUUGAUUAAUCCAUCAUCAUAAUGUAUACUCCAUACGGUAAUGUUGCUGCUCAAGGCCAGCCCAAUCAAUUCAUAGGUGGUCAACAAAACUUACAACAUCCUCAACCUCAGCAUCCAUCCUUCCAACAACAACAAUUUAAUGUGCCACCACAAGCUCAUCAACAACAACAUCCACAAUCACAACAACAAGUUCCAGGUGGAGGUGCUUCUACUUCAUAUACUUCAUUCUUGAAUGAUCCAGCAGCUGCCUUAGCAGGUCAAUUUGCUAGAAAUGGAUUCGAACAGUCAAAUCAAUAUAUUCAACAAAAUUUCGGUUCAUUUAUCCCUACUGGUACCACUGAUUUAAAAUAUUAUUUCCAAGUUAGUAAUUCAUAUGUAUUAAAGAAAAUCUUUUUAAUAUUAUUUCCUUAUCGAAAUAAGAAUUGGAAUCGUUUAAGUUUACAAGAUGUUACGGGAGAAUCAUCAUCUUCAUCACCAUCUAAUUCUCAACAAUUUGCACCUCCAAAUUUAGAUGUUAAUGCCCCUGAUUUAUAUAUUCCCACCAUGUCAUUUGUAACUUAUAUCUUAUUAUGGGCCGCCUUCCAAGGAUUGAAAGGAGAUUUCCAUCCUCAAUUAUUUGGUUAUUUAUCAUCUCAAACCCUUGCAUUCACUGUCCUUGAUAUUACUAUCUUUAAAGUAGGAUUAUAUUUAUUAAAUUGUUCAAGUCAAAUCUCAUUAUGGGAUUUAGUGGGAUUCUCAAGUUAUAAAUAUGUAACUAUCAUUGUGUUAUUAUGUUGGAAGAAUCUUGUCAGUGAUUAUUGGCUUUAUUAUUAUCCUGUUCUUUUUGGAUUUAUUGUUAGUUUGGCUCUUUUCCUUUUAAGAUCAUUAAGAUUUUCUGUAUUACCAAGUUUAUCAGUAGGAACUACAACUAUCACAUCUAAACAAAGAAGAAUCAGAAUCCAAUUCUUAUUUGUCUAUGCUGUAGUAGUCCAAGGUUUAAUUGUCUUAUUCAUGAGUUACUAGUUACUAGAAUAUAUAUAGAGAUAAUAGUAGUAAAGUAAUACCCUAAUUAAUUAAUAAAUGAUG